UUAGACUGUGGAAGUAGAACUGGAAAGCAGUAAUCCAUCAGAAAUCACAAUUCACUGAUAUAACCAACAAAUUGUAGCUUUCCUUGGCAAAUUUCAUGCAUUUAUUUCACAGAUAAAGACUUUAAGUGACAACUAAACAUGUUUUAGACUGAGGCUCUAAUUAAACAGUCAGAAAGAGGAAGUGGUAAUGAAAAAAACUGCAGUCUUAGAUUGAGUAAGGAUAGCCUCUCUCCUCCCUGAGGUCAGUUGAUGCAACUGUUUCACCAGACCCCACUUCCUGUUACACUGCUACUGUUCACAUGAUGGGUACACACAGACUUAACACAUUAUAGUUCCUACAGCCAACAAAUCGUGCUUUUCAGCUAUACUAAUAGUUUCAUUGUAUUAAUUUGGACACUGACCUUUGCUGCUGUAUGACCUGUACGAAUAACACAAAGCAGUUUGAUUAAAAGAAUAAAUUUGCUUUUCAUUUGCAUUCUAACAAAUUAGUCUUGAAGGUCAUAUGUAAGGAGGUGGUUUAAAAAGAAAGAAAGGAGAAAAAAAUAUAUAUAGGAUGUCCACUUAGGUCCGAUGAUACACGAGUUACCGAGCAUCAUCAAAUGUUUUCUUAAUCAUCGUUUACCAGCAUUUACUGAUGUUAAUGAGAUGUCUAUAAGAAUAGAGUUUGCUCUUUUGUCUCAGGGGCCCAUCAUGUAGUUAAUUCUGUUCAAGUACAUGUUGCUGUUGCACUAAAGAAGCCCAACCUAUGUUUUUAAUGCUAGCACUGCUGGGUAAUUUCCUGUGCCUUAGCUCUUCACAGUUUGAGGUCAAGCGAUUUCCUUUUUGGUGUGUCUCACUUGAUGUUCCUCAAACUAAAGUGACAAACUGCACAGUUCCCUACAAAGGCACAUCACACACGCUUACUGACAUCCUUAAGCAAGCUUUCCAAAAUGGGUCAUAUUCUGCAGUAAGCAACUAUGGAAGUACGAGGAAGAAAAGGGUCCAUCGAGAUUUCCACAUCUAACCCAACUAAGCCAGUAGGGACUGUGGCAUUGAGGAACUUCACUAUACCCAGGAAGAAGAGGGUGUCUGGGCAAGUCCUCCUGGAGCCUUGUCCAGAAGACAGUCGCGAUUACACUCUCAUUCAGUCUAAACUGAGAGAAUCCAGAUUAGACAUGAGGAAGGAGCAUGCUAAUGCCUGGCUGUGGAAAGAUGUAAAAUUAGUGAACAAUGAUGGGUUUCUUAAGGAAUUCUCCGAAAAAAGGUCAGAGAUGCGUACAAAAGGUAGACAUGGGAGAGAAAUGGAAGAACGGUUUUGCUUCUUGGUAGCAUCUUAUGAAGCAACAAGCCAUAUUUACCAGUUUGGACUAAGGACUGGGAGCCAGGACCAGUAUUCUUUGGGAAAGCCCUCACAUGGGGUUUAUUUGUUUAAGCAUGUUGAUGUGGCUCUGAAGCAUGCAACCGCAAGCACAUGUAGUGGGAAAAAUCUGAUUGUUUUCAAGGUGCUCUUUGGAAAGGUGAAAAAAGUCAUACCAAGUUUGGAGUGGAACAGAACCGUAGACCCUAUGGUUGGCUUUGACUGUCAUAUGGCAAAAGAUGCUGUUUCUUAUCGUGACAGUCUUUCCCAGCAAGUUUUGGGCUCAUCGGUAUUUCUAUUUGACUACGAUGAAAACCAGGAACUCAACAAACGGCCAAGGCAAUGUUUGCCAUAUGCUGUGGUUUCAUUUACUCCAGACAUUAGCGCUACAGCACCAACAUCCAUAAGUCCACCUGUUUCACCCACUAAACCUUCUGCUGGCCUUAUGCAUGGCCCUCUAGAGAAUUUGAAAGGCUGCACUGUGGCUAAGAGAACAGGCAAAGGAGAGAAUGCCACAGUGACAUUCAAACGUUUUGCAACCCAAGGCUGCCCAGGCGUGGAGUACCAGCCACAAGCUCCAAGAGUAGAGGCUAAUGGAGUAGAUGCUACUCCAUUUCAAUCCAACGAUCUGCAGAAACCUCCUCCUUUUAUCCCUCAGCAGUCAUAUAUACCUAAUUAUAAUACAGCAGAAUAUUUCAAUCCUUCUUUGCCAUAUUAUGACAAUGGCAUUCCAUGGCAAAACUAUAUGGACAACCCUGCAUUCCUUUCAAACGUACACAACCUGAGCACCACAAGUAUCUAUGGAGGUAAUACAGACACCUUGGGGGUAAUACCUCAAACCUCAGCAGAAAAAAUCUCCACCAUAGUUUAUUCAUCCCGUCUGGUUAAGGACCCAAGGUUAUCCAGGCAAGAAACAAACAUACAGAAGAAAACCUCAGAAGAAAAACAAACAUCUAGUGUUCCAGAGUGUGAGGAACAGGGAUACCAGGCACACUCACAAAACCAAAAAGAAGAGAAUGGAUUCACUUUAUCUUGUGAGAAACAGUCCCUGGAACUGGGUGAGGAACACAAAGAGGGCAGGUUCCCUAAAACCUCACUGAAUGAUCCAAGCAAACCCAAUCCCACUGCACAGCCAAAGACUGAAAAUAUGCCUUCAAUCAAGUUAUUUAAAAUGAAAUUUCAGAAAUAUGCUCCAUAUUUCAAGAUGACAGAGGAAGAGAGGCAAACAAAAAUAUGGUCCAAAGGAAAUUUGACCCCGGAGCAAAAACAAUUAUUGAUUGACCGCAUACAUUUCUAUGAGAUGCAUCACCAAAGAUAUAAACAGGGACUGCUUUUUCAAAAAGAUACAGAGACAGAAACUGCAUUCAGUUUGUCUCGUACAGAGCCCCAAAACAAUGACGUCUGCCCAUCCACACUGCAACGUUCCCCUUUAAUGCCAAAAGGAAACCAAUGUGAAGUGAAUCAGUCCCAUAUGAGACAUUCAGUAAGUGCCAAUGCUUCUAAUUUGACACCCACAACAGUUUUGGAGGACACUGAGAGAAAUAAAGUAGAUAUACUGAAUACAGACAAUGGUAAGUUGAGCCAGAACAUGUGUAACCCAAAAGAAAAUUGUAUGCAGGAAAAAGAGAAGGAUCCUUCUUCAGAUUCUCAGACCGAACCUCAAAAUGGAGGUGUGGUUCAGUCUGUAAAAGAAAAAGAAAGGAUUUCAGAGAUGUGCAAUGUGCAGGGUACCAUGCAAUCAAAUCCUUCAGAGAAGAGCAAAACCUUCGAAAGUACACAUGAUUUUGCACAAUCUUUAUGUCCUUCAGUACAAGUUGAGAUAAAUAACCAAGAUGUCCAUGAAAGUGAGAUACCUACAAGUCCAAAAGAGUCCUUUGCAUGUAAGCCUACACUAAGUAAUACCAUAGAAGACUGUCCUGAAUUUGAGCAACACAUAAUAGCCAUGGAAGUGGCAAACUGUGUUGACAUCUCAGCCACUGAUGUACCAGAAAUCAGUGACUGCUCCUAUGCUACUGCAAUGGAGCCAGGUCAGGAUAGUCAAAGUAGUACUGAAAAACAAGACAAGGAAGCAUUGACUCAUUCUAAAUCUGAUACAAAUUCUGAGAUGUCUAUAGAGGUUGAGAGGGGAGAAGCACAACAACACAACACUAUAUACAAUGCAUUAUAUAAACGAUUACAGCUAGAUCAGCUAUUGUCCAAUUCAGAUGGAGCAAACCUUCUCUCCGAUAAAUCUUAUCUCAGGCCAAAAGGUCUGGAAAAAACCCUUGUCAUCGAUCUACCAGAUAGUCAUGUUAAUGAACCAAAGGAACCAAUGUCAAAGGAAGAAGACCUCCAGCUUAUAGUUAAGAUAAAAUCCAGCCAAACACCCCCAGAAAGACUUACACUUUCUGAACGAUUCUCAAAAUUGAGAUCCCUUGGUCGUAAGCUAGCAGCCUUUGUUCAUGUAAAUAGGCUAACCAAUAGCUACACAGCUCAUCUCAAUGGAGAUUUGAAAUGUAAAUCAGAAGCACUAAUCUCAUGCAGUGAUGUAGUAAAAGGAACAGGAAACAAUAAUGCUGAAUUGAUUAAACUCAUGGCACAGAGGUACAAUGAAAAUAGGUUCACUGAAAAUUCUAAACGCCUCAGACAGAAACGUUCAAAGGUUCUGUGCAGAAAAAGCUCAACCUCCAGUAUAGUGAGUAAAAGAACAUCACGUCAAUUGCCGUUUCGUGUUCAAAGGAAGAUAAAGCAUAUUAGAAAGAGUCACUUGCUGAAUGCAAAGAGAAAACUUAAAACAAAACUAGCCUUAAAAAUAAGUUCUUGUGGUCAAGCUUCAUUUAGCAAGUUGACUUCUGAUUCAUCAAAUGGUGUUUCAUGUACCGAGACAGCUAAUGAUGUUGACAAAGAUUCUGAUUCACACUUUAAUUCAGCUGCUGCAUCUCAGUCUCCGUCUGGUACUCAAAGCCAUGGCGAACUUCUGAACAAGGGAUCCAGUCAGAAUGAUAAUGCCACUAGUAUUUCAACUGAAGAGAGUUCCUGUAUAGACAGUGAAAAUAAGACUAGACAUGGUGAUGAGCUCUCUCAAACAAAAGGACAGUGCAUUAAUCCUGCCAAACAAUCAACAGAAAUUGUCUAUCAUGAUGUUUCAAAGAUUUCAAACCAUAAUGAUAUUAAAAAAUCACAGGAAAACAUCACUUUAGAGUCUAAAGAUCCAGUAAUAAUUGAGGAAAUGGAAACAGAUAGCGGAACAAACAAUAACAAGACCAGUCAUCAAGAAAAAUCCUCCCUGGUCACAAGUUCUGGCAGUAAUGAGUCAAGUAAUGAGUCAAGUAAUGGUGAGAGUGCAGAAGCAAAACACAAGGAAGAGGCAUUGUUACAGAAAAAGCCAUCUCAGGAGGACAAUUGUGACACUAAAGAGAUUUCGCCUGAUUACAACACUGGAGCUUAUGAGGACACAAGUAGCUCUUUUCCCACUAUCUUAAAUAUCCCUAGUAAUAUAACCUCAGGUAACGUGAUCAGCGGCUGCACUGCCAAAGCACAGACAGCCGUGACUCCAGAUUCACCUAGAGUAAUGAAUAAUGAGACAGACACACAAACUGAGGCCAGGAUUCUUGGAGACAACGCUGUGGACAAUUCUGGUAGUGGUUUAUCCAAAAGAGUAUCGAGCACUAACAAAGCAGCGGAGACCAAUAAAAAUGCCAAUCUUCAAGACAGAGAACUAUACAACAAUCCAAAGAGCACAGAUGCAAAUGAAAAGGGGUUAUUUUCAAGAAGAGAGAUGUCAGAUGCAGACCAGAACUGCUUAAAACCACUGAAAGGUGCCAAGGAUGAUGUUGCAAGGAUCUUCACAGAGAACACAAAUCAUCUUUUUGAGCUAGCUUCAGGUUCUCAAAGCCAACUUUCUUUACAGGAUACUAAAAGCAGUGGGAUAAUCAACUCACGUGCAGAGGCGACAUCAGAUUUCCACGGCAGAAUCAUUAAAGAUGCACAAGAAGACCUUUCUGGGAUAAAGGACAAUCUGCAUUCAGCCUGGCAAGGACAAGACAAAAAUAACCUCUCAGCUACUCCAGAUACACAAAUAAUUUCCAAACUUAGAGAUUAUUUAACCAAAUUUGAAUUCACUGUCAAAAAACAGGACACUGUCAAUAACUCGAUAACGGAGGCUCAUGUUCCAACAGCAUGGAUAACUUUAGAUAGUACAGCUCACAAACAGCAAUUACACGACACAAGACACUACAGCAGAAAGGGUUUGGCUGAUAUCACACACAGACAGAGUGAAACUGUACAUUUCCAUGUAGCCCCUACUAAACAAAAGCAAACUGAUUGGGACAAGCAACCUAACAGCUCUAUAUCAAAGAGGAUGAGAAUGAGCAGUAUGGAAAGGGUCAGUCCAGACAGUACCUUUACUGAAACAGCCAGAAAUGAGCCAAAUUCACAUCUGGUAAACAAGGACACUCAACCACACAACACUGCCUCUGGUGUACCCAACAUGAAGCACUGGUUGCAAAAUCAUGGAAAUAAACUGCAGGAAAAUAAGAUCAUCUGUCCCCAAGGAAACGGACCAAGAGAACAGCCAUGUAAAGUCAACCAAUCAAAUCAACAAACCACAUAUGAACAGAAUAAGUACAGUGUCACUGACAUCUCCAACACUCUAAAACUGGCCGAUCAUGCAGUUUCCUUGACAGAACUUGGUCCCCUGCAGUCAAAAUGCAAAAGAAUGCUCCAGCAUUUUAUCUCCAACUUCGAAAAAGAUCAGAAGGUUUCUUUCCACCAGUCCUGCAUUUCAAGAAAUCUAAUCUUGGAAAAAUAUCUAGACCAUCCUCCUGCACCAGUGGAGUUGAAGUUUGAGGCAAUAAAUUCAUUCUUGGAACUACAGAUGAUAAUGGAGGCCUGUCAAUUUGUUGACAACAAAAUCAAUUUUCUGAGAAGAAAACCAACAUUUAGGAGUUUGCUCUGGUAUGAUCCUUCUCUCUAUGGUGAACUCUAUAAGGGCACUGUUGGAUUUCAGCAACAAUCAUCAUUGUUUUCAUCGUUCCAGCAGUGCCUUACCAGCGAUGACUACAGAAGAUUGCGGGAAUACUAUUGUGCAGUGUCUACUUUGCACCAGCAGCUACAAGACGCCCCUGACACAUCGUACUACAUGUACCUGAAAACCAAGCGGGAGAGGCUCGAAAUAGAAGCUGCAUUUAGAAAUCCCUCAGAUGUUAAGAGCUUCUUUUUAUCUGUACCAAUAGCCAUCAUGAUCAAUUUAGGAGACAACGUGGAAAUUUUGAAAAAAAUGCACAAUAUAGUGAUGACCUUUAUUGAGACACCGGCAGAUCGGUUGCCAGGCACAUUUGAUGUAGGGAAAGCUGAGCAUCUGUCCAUUAUAUGCAGAUAUCUUCAAGAAAAAAUGCUCUUUUUGAAAUCCCAUAAAGAAAUUAUUAAAAUUUCAUGGUUUGGGAUGGAACAUCUUCUUUACGAUGCAUCAAAGGUUCUUGUAUGGUGUGAAUCGGAGCAUGGGAUGCCAAAUGAAGUGCUGACGAAAUACAACAGGUUAAAUUCACAGAUUGUUUAUGGGGUGACAGAGGCAUGUGUAGCCCUUGUUAACAGAACUGAUCAGGUCCCAAAGCCUAUGGAUAUUGUGAACAUCAGACCACCACAGCAAAUGAAUGCUAUCACAGUCCCAUCAGUGGGGGUCUCCACUGAGAGGACUCAAAGCGAACUGAACAUUCAGAUGGAAGAUGGAACCAAAGAAACACAUCAACCACCCAGAAGAAGAGCAACAUAUCCAUGCCCAAGAAGUAACUUCAGUGAUGAUGUUACCCCACUUAUUCAGCCCAGUCUGGCAGCCCAACCUGGAAGCUCACCUCUUUACACUGAUUUCACCCAAAGAAGUAAUGCAUUGCAUUGGAGGAUUCCCAGAAAUCCUUGGGACUGGAGCCCACCAGACGCUAUCCAAUCAACAUCACACUCCGAAAUAAGGGCUCUGCUUUUGUCUAAGAGGAUACCUACACCACACACAAAACCGAGGACAACAUCUUUGACAGACCUUCAAAACAACCAUGCAGUCAGACAGCAACAAGUGUCACAACCAUUGAUUGUGAAACCUAGACCAGUUGAGAGAAGUAAAGGUCAGCCAACAAUCGGUGCACUUCAACAUCCAGAGCUCUUAAAAGAGCAAGCAAACGAGUUCAGCAUGCCUAUGAUACCGCCUUUUCCUUUCCCAAGGUUCUCCCCAGAUGCACCCUCAGUGAUCCCUCCUCCUCUUCCACCACUGCCGUUCUCCAGCACUUCAAAUCAAGUUGCACUGCAUAACAAUCCAACACCAAUAAGCUACCCUUUCUUUGUCUUCAAUGGGCAAACCUACUCCACUACAGGCUCUUCUGUGCCUGUGUCAGCCAUUCAUACUGAAACUCAAUAUCUUCCACGCCCUGUAUAGAUAGAGCAUACAGUAUUUGGUACUGUGAGAAUCUGUUCAUUUCUUAAACGAUUAUGUCUUCGUUUUGAAAUCCAGAGAUUUCUGAACCCUCUUCCCAUGUCAUUACUCUAGGACAGUCUUGCUCUAAUCUAAUAUGGUCCUAACCAGUUCUUACCUUAUAUGUUUAACAUGUUAACUGUAAAUAGGCAAAAAACAGUAUCUGUUUAUACUGUAAUAUCUUUGUGAAUAGAUGUUACAUUUAUGUUUUUUUAUGAAUAAUAUAUUUUAACAUUAAAUUGUUUAUUUGUUUAUAAUGACUAAAAGAUGCACUUUGUUUUAUAGUGUCAAAACUGUUAAAUAUAUGUUUCAAAAGCAGAA